AUGGGCCACAUGGGAAAGACAUUUUCGCAAUUCUCUGCAAUGUCGGGCAUUCGCCACUGGAGUUCGAUGCGAAGUGAAUCUCGGAAGAAAGCCUGCCAGCGAUGUGCCUGGGAGGAGCAAGUCAAGGAGAUAGCUGGUCGGCGCAUGUCGGUGGAUCAGCUUCUUGACUUCUAUGCCAAGCUUGGUCCCAAAAGGUCGCCGGGGGAGUUACGAAUGACGCAUUUCGACCCUGCACGGUCCACUACGACGGAUGUCGUCCGCCACGUGGUGAUCCCGGAGUCGCGCUGCGGUGACACGGGCAAAGCCCUGGCGGAAGUGGUGCAAAGCUCAUCGCGGACGUACUGCCUUCCCACCUCAUCCUCGACGGUGCGCAUGGUGACGCAUCACUGGGCAAACAGGUUUAGGGAUCUCGUCGCAGCCGUUGUCGCGGACAGUUUAGGCCUCAAGCGCUGGGACAGCAUCGCAGAUGAGUUGUCCUCUGGUAGAGAGGAGGCCUUGAGGUCAAGGCUUCAGGGCCAAGGGUCACUGCACUGGGAGUACUGGAUCUGCGCAUUCUGCAUCAAUCA